CGGUGGAGAGCGAUUUAGGCCACACCACCAUUUGUUGUUGUUGCCGAGCGAGCCGGCGCCGCGCCGCACCGCCCGCACCGCCCUGCAUCCCGCCCAUGUGCGUGCGUUAUAUCACGCCGCCGCCGGUGCAUUCAACAUCGAUAAUCCCUCAUCCCUCACUCACUCACUCCCACGGCAGACAUGGUACAGCUCGACCUAGCCCGCAUCGAGGGCUUCCACGCCAUCUCGUUCCACCCCAACACGGUCCCCAAAGUCCCCCCGCUCAAGACGGUCAGCGACGCGCAGAUCUAUCUGUCUAUGCCGGCUGCGCGCGAGGAUCGGAGAUACGCCUACGCCAUCAUCGCAGCCUUCGUCGAGCCCAAAGUAGGCCUCGCGGCCAUAGGGCGGAAGGGCACCAAAGCCGAAGUCGGGCGGCAGCUCGAGUCUCUAGAAGUACAAUUCCCCCACUUUGCGCCCCAGUUCACCAGCGUGCGCAAGUUCUUCAAGCUGCCCCCGACGAGCGUCAUCUUCCCGCCUCCGCCGAUCGAGCGCGCGACGUCGAGCGGCACGGCUGCCGGCGUGAUCAGGGAGGAGGGGCACGAUGCCGGGCUGCCCGCCUACGCUGCUAUUGAUCCCGAGGGACGGCCGCCGAGCUUCUGCAGCACGCGCGAGUACUAGGUUUCUAUAAUGUGUAUUGUUUGUUUUGUAUUAGUUGUGCCGGUGGAUGUCGGGCCAGCGGUGAACGCGCCAUGGCGAUUCCUGCGCGUGUGGGAUGCCAAUGCAACCCGCGCGGCGGCCCCGCCGCGCCGAGACGCUGGGAGUGCGGCCUAUCUACACGAGGAGGUCAGCUCAAGGCAUGCCUCCCUAGGCUGCCGCUCUCUGUGUGUCGGCAACCACGAUGCGCGACCGGCUUGGGCAACAAGUCAGAAUCUCAAUCCCCUCACGUCGGCGUCGUCCGAGGCCAUUGUCCCCGCCGCCACUGAUCAUCAGCCCGCACAGACAGGCGCACAGACGCGUAAACCUUCCUUGUAGAUGUAUUGCAUAGGUAGGCUGCUGCACUGCACGCCUGUAUCACGCGCCGAGCGCCGUGGCAUGACACGCUGUGUCGCCUGCUCGCCUCAACCCCCUCGCCUCUCGCCCCUAUCGCUUCCCCGCGAUACCCCCGGGACCAUGCUCGCGCGCAUAGCAGUUCUUGCACCACGGCUGGCCGUCCCGGUCCGACACCUUGCUCGGGUCGAUGGUCGACCGGCAGCUCGUGCAGCGCAGGCAUCCGCGGUGCCAUUUCUUCCCGAUCGCCUGUACCUGCUCAGCAGCGUACACGCGCUUCUCGCACGCGGGACAGCGGUCCUCGAACCCCGGCCGCUCGCCGACCUUGCUCCGUGGCGAGUCGGUGCGCCCCGAGGCGCUGACGCCAGACGGGAUGGGGCGGACGGAGCGGAAGUUGACGCGCGUGAUCUGCUCUGGCGUGCUCGGGCGCGCUGGCAGCGCGGGGGGCGCGGGCGCCACUGGUGCCGACGACGACGACGACGACGAC